AUGCAUAUACUAGCAAACGCAGUGAGACCACACUAUGGCAAGGGUUGGUUCUACAAACUUACGAUUAGUUACUCCUCGUAUAUUAUUUAUGGCUCUAAGUAUAAUUUAAAAGAUAGUUCGAUAAAAGGAAUGUAUGAUGGUACUAAAAGUAAUAAUGAUGAGUUUCAUUGGGUAAGUGAGAAGGGAAGUGAAGUACAAAGUAGUGGAACUAAAUGGAAAGAUAACCUUGGAGCGGUUAUUUCAAACAACAGUGAGAAUAAUGAAGAUAAUUAUGUAAACCUAUUUACUGAUAAGAUAAUAAUAGAAAAAAAUUUAAAGACCAACAAAGUGUUCUCUAUAUAUACGAAUAGUUAUAUACCUAAAGAGAGUGAACAUAUAUUAAUUUUAAGUCUUAAAAAAUUGAAGGAAUAUGAAAAGAUAAAAGAUAAAGUAAAAUUAAGUGUUUAUAUAUAUGAAUUGCAAAAUUUGAGUAAAUCUAAAAUAAGCUUUAACGUUUUAAAAAAAAUAGAAAUAAUUAAUAAUCUUUUUGAACACAUUAAUGCAAACAUAGAACAUGCAUCCCCUUCUUUGUUACUGUCAACGUCCAUAAGUUACAAGCGAAUACAUUUAAACAAAUAUACAUACUUUAAGAAUAUACUGCGUGCUAUAUGUAAUAAUAUAAAAGUGCAUAAAAGCAAUAAGCUAAGUAAGCUUUUAAUAAAUGAAGACAGAAGUAAUAAAGAUGAUUAUCAGUACACCAUUGAAUUACUUAAAAAGGAAAAAAAAAAAAAUAAAAAUAAAAUAAAUAUGGUAAAUGUAUAUACAAACCAUCUCAAUAAUAGCGCCUUAUGUUAUAUAUUGUACUCCUACUCCACCUUAUUUACUACAUCUAAUGCAUAUGUACUGUAUAUAUGUAAAUAUAUCCUAUUGAAUGUGGGUAAUCUCAACUGCUUAGACAUGUUGUCCCUGCUGUAUUACAUACGUAGGUCCAAUGUGAAAGUUAGGGGAGCAAAUAUGUUUUUAUGCAGAAGUGAAGGAUUGAGCGGAAGUUUUGGUAGUAGAUUGAGACGUAGUUCGAGUGAUAGUUCUAGCGGCAUGGUCGAAGGGCACGAACAAAAUCACUUCGAUAAAGCGGUGGAUGAGUUGUCAAGUAAUAAGUUAAAAUCGCAGUGUAAGAGCAUAAAUAGUUUUACAAUGAGCGACGAAAUGAAUAGAAAAGCUGUAAAGAGCAGAGUAAUUGAAACAAAUCACAAGGGCAAGUACGAUGAAUACAAAAAUACGUACAUGAAAAUUCUGAGAACCAUUAUUCACCUUAUAAAUAAAAGGAAAAUCUUUUUAGAAAAUUCAAAUAUAUCAGUACUAAUUUUAUAUUAUUAUUUUAAAAUGAAUUUCAUACCAAUCCAGAUAUUUUAUAAAUUCCAUUAUAAAAUAAAAAAAAAUAUAAAAAAAAUUGAUAUCAAAUACUUGUCUUUAUAUCUGUACAUUUUGAGUAGCAUUAAAUUUGACCUUGGCUACUACAAAUUUAUUUAUAAGUAUUUAACGUCAAUUUUUCAAAACAGAGAAAAAGAGUUUAACAUGUUGUCUUUGUGUCUAUCCUUUUACUCGCUUUCCAAAAACGGAUAUUAUGACGAGACCUUUGUGAGAUGCUGUGUAGGGCUAUUUCGAACGUUUGCAGGAAGCCUGAAUAAUGUAAACAUAACUAACAUAAUAUACACACUAGGGAAAUUAAAAAUAAGAGACGAAGAAUUGCUGGAUAUAUUAUGCGAUAUUUUAAUGAAAAGACAAGACAACAUAUCAGCAAUAAAUUUAAGCUUAACUGUUCAUAAUUUAUCAAAAUUAAAUUAUAAAAAUGAGAUUUUUUUUAAAAUGUGUCUUGAAAAAGGAAAAGAAUUAUUAAGUACCUUUACAACAAAACAGCUGGUUAUAUUUGGUGAGGGAAUGAUAAUAAAUAAUACAUACGAUUAUGAAUUCAUGCAAGUUUUUUUUAAUCAGCUUAUAGAAAUGGAAUAUAAGGAUACUGCUACUUUUGUUAAUAAUAACGAUAUGAAUAAUAACGAUAUGAAUAAUAAUGAUAUGAAUAGUAAUUAUAUGAAGAAUAAUCAUAUGAAGAAUAAUAAUAAUAUAAAGAAUACUAAUUACAAGAAGAAACAUAUAUUAAGUACAAUUUGCUUCAGUUUAGCCCUGGAAAGAGAAAAUUUUGUGAAUCAAUUUCCAUUAUCAAUUAAAACGUUCAUAUCAAAAAAUUUGAAUAAUAUAAUCCAGAGUAAAAGUAUAAGCAACAUACAUGACGAAAUUGUAAGUAUACUAAAUUAUUUGAAUAUCGAAAAUUUUGAGAUAGUAAAACAGAAAAAACCGUAUGUGUUUGAUAUAUUUAUUAAAGGAGAUCAAAACAUAUAUAUCGAUAUACUAUCCCCGUGUAAAUAUCUUACAAAUUCGGUAUAUUUAAAUGGAUUUAUAGAAUUAAAAAAAAGACAUAUGAAAUUGUUAAAUGCGAACUAUUAUUAUUUCAAUAAAAAAAAUUAUUUAUCUUUGGAAAGCUUAGAUGAAAAAAUAAUUUUUAUUAAAAACUUUUUGCAAAAUGUCUGUUCAUAUAAUUUCAACUAUGUGAAUAAAAUGAAAGAAGAGAAAAAAAAAGAAAUUCAAAAUUUCCUUCUUCUUAACGCGAAUGAACAUGGUCAUCCUUUUGUACAAAUUUAUUAUGAACAAAAUGGACAUCAAAAGAAAGGAAAUAUUACAAAUGAUAAGAAGAGCUCAAUUAAAAACAGAGAUUAUUAUCUGUUACCUUCCUAUGCGAAUGUGGAAAAUAUAAAAAAAAAAAUUUUUAAAAAAAAAAUGCACCAAAUAAAUUUUGAGCAACCGUUAAUAAAAAAACAGCAAAUAUUCAUUCAUUAUGAUGAUGAUGCUUUGUUAAAUCGGAGCAAAAUGGAUUUAUUAAAUACGACCAUGUCUAUUUCUGACUCAAAUAUAUUGUAUGAUGAGGAACAGGCAAGGGAACAGGCGGGGGGGAAGCAGUCGCCCAUUCCGUUUAAAAACGAUUUUAAAGAAAAAUUUUUAUUCAAAAAAAAAUGCCAUGGGUUAAGCAAAUGGGAAUAUUUUGAUGAAAGGACAGGAAAAAUUAUAAUCAAAAAGAGGAUAUAA